AGCUUGUGCUGGGAGGAAACCGGCCUUCCCCUCCUCCUUUUCUUCCUCCUUUUUCAUCUUCUUUUCCUCGGAAUUAAACAUGUGCUCGAACAAGUCAGCAGCCACUUUGUCCAACAUGCAUCGGUUCAAAGUGAGCGGAAAGAGCCUGCUGCUGUAGGAGAAAGAGAGAGAGGGGGAGGAAGAUGUGGCGUCUGUGUAUCGCCGUAACUUUCGGCCUGGUUUGGUAUUUCUCCGACUGCGGUCGCUCUUUAACGCAGUACUUCAUAUGUUUCGUGUUUUGCUUUUCCACGCCACUCCUGCGUGGCAGCGAAGGGAGAGAGAGCGGGACGCAGACUGACGGAGAGACGACGGAACACCCGCUUCAGGUUCAGGAAACUGCUGAGGAUGAGUGGUUUGACGUGACUGAUGCGGGAACUGGGAAGGACUCAGAACCACCAAAGUCUCACUGUCCUCAUGCCAAGAGGUCCCUACAGCAAGUGUUUGAGUGCGCCUACACGCAGCUGGUCCUGCCUUGGUACAGCGUCCCUGAGCCACGUGAGCACCAGCCUCUGCAUAAAGUGCUCAGCAGGGACUUUGACUUCGUAAUUGACCGCAUCGUUGAGAGGGCCAAAGACUUUGAUGUCUGCCAGGUGGCGGUGGGCUCCAUUCGGAUUUUGACCCAGCACUUGCAUAAUGCCAAACAGUCUGACAGAGAGGUCUUGUUCAGCUCCAGAGCACAGGAGAUCACAGUCCUCCGGGAGCUUUCUGACGCGCUGGUACGCAACCUUUUUCCCCAAUCUCUCUGGGGACAAGAAGUCAACCGCUGUGCCCUAAAUGAGAUCAUUGCCUUAAAGGGGUUGGGGCUCUUGGUGAAUUGGCUCUCCGACCCCGACAACCUGAACCAGCUGGUGGUAAACCAGCUUGACAGAGUUGCAUUGGAAAUCUCUGCUGAGGAGCUGCACGUAUCUGACCCAGAUCAUGUUUCUCUGGCUUCACAGGAGGAUGAGGGCGAGGGGGAAGGAAGUCUAGUGAGCUUGGAAGGAGCUGGGAUUUCAAACGGUAGUGGGAUCAAGGGCAAAAGAAAAGGCAACAGGUUAAAAGAAGGAUGGUCCAAAUUUGUGGAAAAGAUGAAAUCCAAGAAAGCCAAGAAGAAGAAGAUGAAAAAGGUUGAGCAGGAUCUGAUGUUGAGGCUCAUGCACGGGGACGAGUCCAAUGAAGACAACGUGAGCAGCAGGGGCGGCUCUGCUCGCAGCCACACAGACUCUGACAGGGAUGACAGCGAUCUGGAGGACUAUCUGGCCAGCGUCCAAGAGGACAUGAUGGAAUUCAAGCUGUCUUAUGAGAUGUGGUGCAUUGGCCACUGGGCCGUCAGCAUCCCUCAUGCUGUCUGGGAGGAUGGAGAGCUAAUCUUCACUGUACACCUGGAGGAAAAAGACAGCCCUGAGAAUUUGCACUGGGACAUCAAGAAGACCUACACGGAUGCUAUUCAUUUCCGCAACAGAUGGCAGGACUCCCCCAACAUUCCCAUGAUCUUGGAGCUGGAGGAGUCUGAGGUCAGUGACGAGGUUACAGAAGAAGCCAGGGCAUCAGUUGAGCACUUCCUGCAGGAAUUGAUUUCUGAUUAUCUGAUUGGCCACAGUCAACCAAUUUUUCAGUUCUUGUGUCCACUUGACAAACUGCUGAAUGAAGAAGUCCAGUCUGGAGGUGUGUGGGGGCUUCUCAGUGGAUUGGCUUACUUCCUCACUCCAGGCCAGGAGGAAGAAGAGAACUCACAGUCAGAAGUCCCAAAAGAAAAUACAGUCCUGCAUCCAGAAUCCACAGCUGCGUGUGUAGAAAACCACUGUAAUUCUGCUGAAAGCAGGAGCUACAUUCCCGAUUCUCCGGUCCCAUCCAUUGUCAUCUCUCGGUGCGACUCUCCUCCAGAAGUGCCUCAGGAAUCAGAAGUGAAUCCACAGCCUGCUGUUAACUCAGGCUCCUCAAAUGAAAACUCCUCCCAGGAAAAAUCAGAGGACUUGGAUAAUCCCUUAACUUCUCACAUUAAAAUGAUCAUGAGAGGAUUGACCAGAUCCAGGUCACAGGAGACUCUGAGCUCACCAAAGGCCAGCGGUGAUGAGCCGUCUGAUUUGGGUCUGCAGCAGGACGGCGUGGAAAUGCGAUGUUUCAGUGCAAAGUCGAGUAAAAAGGAGAAGUCGAUUUUCAAGAUGUCUGGAGGGACCAAGGUCAAAGGAAAGGAGGCACAGGACACAUUCCUGAGAGGAGAGGACUCCCAGCUUCAGAGAGGUCAAGUCAACCGGGAGCAGCUGGAAGCCACCAAAGCCAUAUUGGAUCUACUGAAAGAAAUCUCAGGAAACUCUAUCCUCAUUAACAUUUUUGAUGCCAUUUUGAAACCUGUAAUGCCCAUUUUGAAAAAGAAAGUGAACUCUUUCCUAAACAAGAUGAACCCCACAGAGGAGCAGAUGGCUGCGUACAUCGACAGCCUGCGUAACAAACUGUGGCCCGAGUUUCAGGCAGCUGCACCUUCUCCUCCUCGCACCGAUGAGGAAAAGAACGAGACCAGAGAGCGAGCACAUCACCUCAUCAGUACCAGAUAUUCAAAUUACCUCAUCCUGAAGAAGACAGACAUGGAGUCGGUUUUUAAUCUUUUUCAAGACAGUGAGGAAAACAAAACUCUGGUUUAUAUGCUUCUUUCAUUCCUGUUGAGAGAGUUCUUGCCCAAUGAGCACUCAUUAAAUGUGAGCGCUGCUAUUCUGCAGAAAGUGACCAACUCCACCAACUGAUCUGUGAAACUCUGAUUUUCCUUUCUUUCUUUUCUUCUUUUUUUUAAUGUAACUUUUUGAUGCUUUUAUUUAUGUCAUGUUAUUUAUUAAGCCUCUUUAAAUGCCUUAACAUAUUUGGGAUUACUUGUGUGUAAAUGUUAAGCAUCCUUUUUGCCGUCUUUACCUCAAACAGACUGUGAAUAUUUUCUUAAUUUCAUUUGGGAUCAUUGAUCUUCUUUCACCUCCAGUCUAAUGAACAGUGAAACCAGAAACAUUUCUCAGAGGUGACUUGGAAUAAUCUACUUUUUGUUUAUCUCAGGAAGAGAAAUUAUUCUGUAUGUCAUAAUAGUUUGAAUUUCAUCUGUCACCUUUUUUUUGUAUAAAGAAUAUAUUUUUCUAAAAUGUUUCCCAUCUCUUUGAGUACUUUUGCGUGGUGAUGGGUGUCAGCUCUUUUGAAUUUCCUCAUGAAUUUUAAAAUGUAUUUCAAUUUCUAAAUAUUUAUCACUCCAUAUGAAGUCGCUCUUGAAGUAAUGUAAAAACUUGAAUUUAUUACAAAUAAAAUGAUUUGAUAAUG